AUGGAUCCUAAUUUUAUUUACCAUGUACCAUUAAUACAACACAAUGCUAAUCGUAGAAGUCGCAUGGAACAAUUAAUUCCUAUGGUCAAUCGGCUCCAAGAUGUGUUUACCACUAUGGGGGCUCGAUUCGAUUUGGAUUUACCUCAAAUAGCUGUUGUAGGUUCACAAUCGGCUGGUAAAAGUUCGGUAUUGGAAAAUUUUGUUGGAAGAGAUUUUUUACCACGUGGCUCUGGCAUUGUUACAAGACGACCGCUUAUUCUUCAGCUUAUACAUUCUCCUCAUGGAGAAUAUGGUGAAUUUUUACAUAAUAAGGGAAAGAAAUUCACUGAUUUUAAUGCAAUACGAAGUGAAAUUGAGGAUGAAACAGAUCGAAUGACGGGUACAAACAAGGGUAUAUCACGAGUACCAAUUAAUUUGACUGUUUUCUCGCCUCAUGUAUUAAAUUUGACGUUAGUCGAUUUACCAGGCAUUACAAAAGUGCCCGUAGGUGAUCAGCCAGCCGAUAUUGAAACACAAAUUCGUGGAAUGAUUCUUGAAUUUAUUAGUAAAGAUAAUUGUUUAGUAUUGGCUGUUACACCGGCUAACAGUGAUCUGGCUAAUUCUGAUGCAUUAAAAUUGGCCAAAGAAGUUGAUCCAUCUGGUUUAAGAACAAUUGGUGUUAUUACAAAAUUAGAUUUAAUGGACGAUGGUACUGAUGCUCGUGAUAUUUUAGAAAACAAAUUGCUACCUCUUCGACGAGGCUAUAUUGGUGUUGUUAAUCGCAGUCAAAAAGAUAUUGAUGGACGAAAAGAUAUCAAAGCGGCGCUAGCUGCUGAACGACGGUUUUUUAUGACACAUCCGGCUUAUCAACAUAUUGCCGAUCGUAUGGGUACAGCAUUUUUACAAAAAACACUUAAUUUACAAUUGACAAAUCAUAUUAGACAAUGUUUACCACAAUUACGAAAUAAACUACAAGGACAAAUGUUAGCAAUGCAAAAAGAAGUUUUAGAAUAUAAAAGUGCCCGUCCAGAUGAUCCCCAACGGAAAACAAAAGCUUUAAUGAAUCUCGUUCAUGAAGUUGGAAAAGAAUUUCAAUCAGCAUUAUUAGGUUCAAAUUUGAGUGAUGUUAAUUUACAAGUGUUAACCGGUGGUGCAAAAAUUGCAAAUAUAUUUCAUGAACGUUUUCCAUUUGAGCUAGUCAAGAUCGAAAUUGAAGAUAAAGAUAUGCGUAAACAAAUUGUCAUUGCAAUAAAAAAUAUUCGUGGUAUCAGAGCUGGUUUGUUUACGCCCGAUGAAGCUUUUGAAUAUGUUGUACAAAUUCAAAUAGCAAAAUAUCGUGAACCAGUUAUUAAAUGUGUUGAUCUGGUUAUUACAGAAUUAUUGAGUAUCAUACAUCAAGUUACAGAACGGAUGGUUCGUUUUCCACAUCUGAGAGAAGAAAGUGAACGUCUGAUAACACAAUAUUUACGAGAACGUGAACAAGUAACGAAAACAGCUUGUCUAGAAUAUGUGCAAUUUCAACUAGCAUACAUAAAUACCAAUCAUGAAGAUUUUAUUGGAUUUGCAAAUGCACAACAACGUAGUGCAAACGAGAGUAAACGUCGUCUAGCAAAUCAGGGACAAGUUAUUCGAAAAGGAUGGCUUCGUAUUCAAACCGGUGGAAGUUUUUUGAAAGCAAAAGAUUUUUUUUUCGUUUUAACAACAGAAAGUUUAUCAUGGUUUACCGAUCAAGAAGAAAAAGAUAAGAAAUAUAUGAUGCCGUUAGAUAAUUUAAAAAUAAAAGAUGUUGACAGUGGAAUUAUGUCAAGACGUAUACAAUUUGCAUUAUUUAGUACAGAGCCUAAGUAA